AUGUAUUUUGCAGCAUCAAUGGAAAACUCAAAUUUAGAUGAGCAACAUACAGAAGUUGAAGUUUCAUUAGAAGAAAGUGAUAGGGAAGAAACAAGACAGAUUGUUUCCGAAAUAGGAGUUGGAAAUUCGAGAGACCCCUAUAUCGGUAAGGAGUUUCAGUCACUUGAUGAUUCAUUUAAAUUUUAUCUCGAAUAUGCUCAUCGUAGCGGUUUUAGUGUACGUCGAGGUCGUAUGACUAAGUCAAGAAAAGAUAAGUCAAUAAUUGGUCAAGAGUUUGUCUGUUCAAAGCAAGGAUUUCGUUCAAAGAAAAAUUUAGAAAGUAAUAAACCACGAGAUGAAACCAGAGAAGGAUGCAAAGUGUUGUUAUAUAUGUCAAAGAAAGAAGAAGGUAAUUGGGUUGUUUGUAGGCUUGUUGCUAAGCACAAUCAUGAACUUGCAUCUCCAAAUAGUCAAAAAUUCUUGCGAUCAAAAAGAAAAAAAUCUGAUGCCCAAAAGAAUCUUAUUGAUUUACUUGAUAACUCUGGAGUUCGUCCAAGUAAAAUAGCAUCAGUGUUGAUGAAUCAAGCUGGGGGUAUAGAUCGACUGAAUUUAACAAGUCAAGAUAUCCAGAAUUAUUUGCAAACUAGAAGACAAAAAAAUCUUGAAAAAGGAGAUGCACAAUUAAUGCUACAAUAUUUCCAAAGGCUUAACAAUCAUUAUCAGUCUAUUUUGUUUGGUUGUGCUCUACUUUGGGAUGAAACUCAAGACACUUUUGAGUGGUUACUUCGUACUUGGCAAGAGGCAAUGUUCGGAGUUGCGCCUCAUACAAUCAUAACAGAUCAAGAUUCUGCCAUAACAAAUGCAGUUGCAACAGUAUUUCCUAACACUAAACACCAUUUUUGUAUGUGGCACAUAACAAAGAAGAUUCCAGAAUAUUUAAGUCAUGUUUAUCAUCAGUAUGUUGAUUUUAGUAGCAAGUUUAGUUGGUGUAUUCAUGGUACAACCACUCCUGAGGAAUUUGAAACAAUGUGGAUAGAAAUAAUGGAGAUGUAUAAUUUAGGAGAAAAUAGUUGGUUGCAGAGAAUAUAUGCAAUUCGUGAAAAAUGGAUACCAGCAUAUGUGCGUACUACUUUUUGUGCAGGCAUGUCAACAAGUCAAAGAAGUGAGAGUAUGAACAAAUUUUUUAAAGAUUAUUUGAAUUCUAGUACUCCAAUGAGUAUAUUUGUGGUGCAAUAUGAUAAGGCUAUUGACGCUAGAUAUGAUAAAGUAAGAGAGAAGGAUUACAAGACAAAACAUUCAAGGCCUAUCUUGAAAACUUUGUAUCCUAUGGAGGAUGAAGUGGCGAAGGAAUAUACAAGAAAGAUAUUUCAGAUUUUUCAAGAAGAACUAAUUCAAUCUCAAAAAUUUAUCUCUGAAAAGAUUGAGGUUAAGGACGGAAGAAACAUCUAUAAAGUGCAUCAACUUCAACGACAAAAGCCGACAUACAUCGUUAGUUUGGAUCUUGCAUUGAAAAGAGCUGUUUGUUCAUGCCACAAAUUUGAGUUCAUGGGAAUUCUAUGUAGACAUGUACUAAUGGUAUUUAUAAAGAAGCAGAUUCACUCACUUCCGACAUAUUAUUUAUUAGAUCGAUGGAGUAGAAAUGCAACCAAAGAAAGAGCUAAUGAUCCACCAAAUGAAACAAAAAAUUUGAAAUCUUCUACCUUAUGGUUUAAUAACAUUAUGAUACAUUCUAUUGGGCUAUCUGAACGAGCUACAAAGUCUGAAAAACAUUAUCAAUUUGCACAUCAGAGAUUAUUGCGAUUGUGUGAAGAACUUGAUGAACUUCCUUAUGAAUCAGAGGAAGAUUGUGUUGUAUCAGGUGGUCCAGGUAGUGAAAAAUAUUGUGAAAUAAUAUCAUGUGAACAAAGUCAAGAUACUACUCUGCUUGACCCUCCAGUAGCGGCAACUAAAGGGCGUCCAAGAUCUUUGAGAAUGAAAGGUGCUUUGGAAGUUACUCAAAAGACCAAAAAAGUUACUUCUCAGAAGCAAAAAAGGCAAACGAAAAGUAUGAAAUUUAAGAGAAAGGAAACAAGUUCAAAUUAUAAUGUCGAAGUCGAGCAGAAUGGUACAACAAUAUCUAACGAGGCUCAUUCAAUGCAGUUUCAACGAUAUCCAGAAUAUUAUCAAGGAUUUAUUGAGAACACUGAUUGUGCUUAUGCCACAUCAUUUACGGAGUUGAUGAAAGCAGCUUCAACUCCAUUCCAGCAACACCAUCCUAGUUAG